AUGAGCCGUCCCCGUCACAACUUUUGUGUCUCGCCUCAGCCGUUUGACGUCAAAAAGCAUAAUGAAGAAAGUGAUGGAGACGACUAUAGGACGUUAAAAAGUGGUUGUCAGUACGGAAUUGACAUCUGUCACAGGUCCUCCCACAAAAACUACGAACCACACUCGGGAAUUCCGUCACUGCUUUAGCACGGACUCUUUCAAAUCUGUCGAAUCUUUCAGACUGAGACUUGGACAAUUUGAACGGGUACUCUGUUACGUCUCAAAUCAUUUUAGAAGGCCUUUGGGGCUAAUUUUGUAAUCCAUUCGUCCACCAGAUUGCCGGUCUCUGAUGCAGGGAGCCUGACGCUUGUGUACUCUCAGGUGUUAUACCGGUGUUCAUAUAAAACUUACAUCCCUGGCGGACAGGUUAAUGGAAGAGAACGAAGGUUCGACCCUUUCAUGGUCAGAUUUUUUAGGACAAGGCAUAUUGACUGUCCAGCUUCCAUUUUACUUCGUCUUCGAGAUAAUAAGUUGAGGAUAGUGAAGUUAAACAUGGAACAUAAUCAUCUAAUAAAAGAACGAAUUGAUCCAUAUUUGUCAAAACUGAGCCAAGAGCAGGAAACGUUUGCUAAAGAGAUGCUUGAAAUCAGAGCCGACCCUCUGCUCCUGGUUGAUUGCAUGAAUCGUGAGUGUUUCUGGUCAUUUAGAUCCUUUCAGAAAGAUUUGAAAUAGACCUAUCUUUGGAAGACAUCCGUUACUUGAUGACGCCCAAAGAAGUCGAUGGUUUCAAGCACAUUCGGGGUGGUUUUAUCGAAAAGUUACGAGAGAAUGGAUUCGCCAGGUAUAUCUUGAACGCAACGGGACAUUACCAAUUUGUGUCAUUCACGAGUCCCUCCCUACAACAGUUCUAUUCGGGCCAUCCCGAAGUCCUUUCAAUGGGAUAUGCGCCCAAUUUCACUGCCUGUGGAUAUCUACUGCUAAUAGUUGUUGGCGUUGACAAAUACCUUUUGAGUCAGCCAAUUUACUUUGCAUUUAUUAACGACGAAAGUCUUGAAUCGCUGCGGCUUGCUGUCCGUGGCUUUAAAAAACUCAUGCCCGCUGAUGCUAUUUCGCAAACCGUCACAAUCACAGUCGACAAACCCGGCGAUCUUGCGACUGUCAUCACGGAGGAGCUAAGUCACGUCACCCCGAUCUUUUGCCAGUGGUAUUUAAUGCAGUCAGUCAAGGCAAAGUUGUUGGUUGUGCCCAAACGACUGAGGUCUUACAUAUCGGGUCUUUUUACUCACCUCAUGAAUGCUGCAACGGAGCAGGACUACCAACACUCGAAGGAGGUUCUUCAGGUGUAUUCGCCGGAAUUCUACGAUUAUUUCCUAACUCACUGGGAUUCUUGCACCCCUUCUUGGGCUAACUUCCAACUGAGCAGGCGGUUAACUUUUGGCUCGAAAACCAACAACAGAAUAAGAGCGAUGGUCAGCUCUUACCGGCAGAUCUUGGAUUCUCUGGACACCGCUGACGGUCUCGCUAACAAUUUGCUGGAGCACUCGCAUCAGAAGUCGCAGUCUAGAGCUCGGGAUGAUCUGAGUACCGUUAUUUGCACUCGUGUUUGGCGUGACCAGUCGAGUGAGGUGAACGACAUGCUUCGACACCUAUCACCUGCUGUAGGUAAGAUGCUCAUUGAAGAAAUAGGUGGUGACGUCGACUACGGACAUAAGUCUGAUCUCGAAAGAAAGAUGUGCGAUUGCUCUUUCUUCCUUCAGUGGAAUCUCCCUUGUCGACAUCUUGUUCAGCUAGCCAGAAAUCAAAAAUUCCCUCUUACUGACCUCAUUGCUGGAUGUAGGUGGAUAAUUGAAGUGUCUUAACCACCUCGUCGUACUCCCCCCCUUUUUCCUUAAACCUAUCCCAUCUAACAAUGUCUAUUCGGACUUUCAUAUUUUUGCCCCGACUUUUGUAAACAAUCACCUUCAAUAAAUUAAAAGACCCACAUAUUUCUGCACGAAACCUUUGUUGGGUGCCCUUUUUGUGCAGCCGUCGGCGACAUAGUGUUCAUGCACUUCUCAUUUAUCACAAUUAGGUAAAUCGUUCUUUAUCUGCCUGCUUAAGCGGGAGUUUUGACAAUCAUGCCUAUCAAAUCGGUAAAAUUUAUCACAUAUGCUGUCUCAGCGAGUUAUAAUAGUGUAAUGUCUCAAAAACUGACACCUGGAUCGCACUAAAUCAACCCAUUUCCUCAGAGUCCUGUAUAUCAUCUGUCCGUCCGUGGCGACUAUUUGUCAAUUUUCCGGUUGAUGACAGGACACGACGUUGUCACAAGCCCGUUUUCACGCUCUCCACCAAACGCUUGAACGUCUUUCCCUGCGAUUCAGUAAAUCUCAUCGAUUAGGUUCAUUAUGUUACUUGCCAUACUGCCCAAUCUUAGUUCUGGCCUCUGAUGGCCGACGAGAAUUCAUCUCACAACUUACGCACUGUAUGUAUAAGACAGUCGAUUAGACCACAAUAAUAGUUAAGCACGUCAGAAACUGACAUUUACCCUGAUUGUAAUGGCAUGCAUCUCCCGACGGUCUUGCGCACCGGUCGCCCGCUCUUGGUGAUUUUUUCGGUUCUGUUUUCCAGCAGUCAUACAGGUAAACUUUUGGACUGGCUUUACUGUGGCUAUUGUGCACAGAGACAACCCAUGCGUCUUUGACAGACUACGUAUCACGAUCUGUAUUCCGUCCGCGCUGGCUACCUUAUUCCAUUGGUCUUCACACUAUUGGUGGCCAAAUGACUGUACAUCAGGGUAGACUACGUCUCUAACAGACUUGCCUGACGCCUAAUUUACCUUGUGGCCAAGACCAUUGGCUCGCUUCCCCAGCGAAUGCCUGCCCGACUUGUUGACUCCUGCUUUUGAAACGCGAUCUGAGGCAGGGGAUUGUGUUAUUUCGUUACCAGGUGGUGUAACUUGUUUAAUUUCGAAGUCCAUGAUGCACUUGCCAGUGUCCACCGUCUACGAACCACGUCUUACGUGAAUCAAAAGCGCCUUUAAAGGCUGAUUUUGAACACGGGUUGUACGAAUCGGUGGGGCGUCCCCAAAGGGACAUACGUAAAACACUAAUCAUCGGUUCGCCCUGCUGCUUGCCUUAUCCUUACGGUUUACUCUCAUUUGAUACGCAUCACAAAGGCCUGCGACUCCAACUGGACCAAUGACUUAGACCGGAGACGCAGCACACAUUACGCAAAUGGCAUAGGCCUUCGAAUGGAUAUUUGCCUGCCGUCCGUAAAUGGGGACGUGUCUCAUCACUACUUUUUUUGGUGCGGCGGAUACCUUCACAACUAUGAUGAGAAACAGUUUCUAUGAUGGCCAGCACAUUCUAUCUGUCCCGAUUAGUCUGAUCAGUACUGCCUCCAAGAACACUUCCGUGGCAACACGCCAACCUUUUAAGCUACCUGACAUUCACCGACGAAACGCCGUCUUGUGCCGCUCUGCCUGCCCUUCGACGUUUUUGGCUCCAAUGUGGAAGACGAUGAAUGAAGUUUUAGACGUAACACUCAAACCUGAGUUCACGCACGCUAAUCACAUGUGUUACUCAUAUUACCUCAUCAUGUAUAGCCCUAAUUCCGAACCUGCCCCACCUGUUUGCAUCUACCCAGGCUCAAACCUUCCCAGUAAAAAUGAUCUGUCAGCCAGUAAGAACAUCAACAACAACAACAUCUCAACCUGUCCUCACUUACUUUCCGGACAUUGAUCACCAGGCCUUCCAUCAAGCAUCCAAUCCACUAAACAGCUGGCCGGAAUGAUUUCGUUUACGCCGGCGGACUACUAUUAACUGUAUCGGUCAGCAUCAGUUUUUGUUUAAGCGGCGUCCGAGUUGCCGACAUCACGAACCACAGCGGCCGAUUUCCUGCGCCAUCGGCUCCUGUGGUCGUUAACUAUGCUAAUUUUCCAUUUCAGGUUUAACUUAGCCGUGUCUGUCCGCUUUUGUAUUUGGUUACCAGGGGAGUGACAGGAUUUCGGCGAGGUGGUGUCAUGUAUGAACUCCGCUCCGGGUCUGCAGAGUACAAAACCGAACUAUGUAGGACGGCUGCCCUUUGUUGCAUCAUAAUCGGGUAUCUCCGAUCAACGACUGGGUUCAAUGUUCGCAAGGUUGUUCGUGAGAAGGCUGUAGCAUUUUCUGGAGGAAUUGGCCGUCAAACAGCACGACCUGCUCUAACUGAGCAAAGCGUAGAGGCCAAGUUUUGUGUUUAUAUAUCGGAACUUACUUGGCCGUAUUUUCCGACACUUAGACCGUGGCCUUCGUCUAUCGUCAGCUUAACCCGAUGUUAUGAAGCUUGACAGUGAAUUCCAGAGCCCUUUCUGGCACAAUGUGUUAUGUGUGCCAAAUAGAAAGCAUAGAAGGUAGCACAAGUAGCAGGUAGUAGGAGACACGGCGGAUUAAAUAGUACUUACCUACUGCACCUCCCCACGCGUGGUGAUCUGCGGCAGCAGAUCUUGAUGGCUCGACCCAUUCUCAUAUCUGGCGACGGAGACCAAACACCGAAGGUCAAAGAACCACUUCCAUGUUUUGUCGAGCUGGGUCUUGAGUUGGCCCUAUUGACGCCUCCAGGUGGGCAACGACGCCGAAUCGAGGAUAAAAACAAAGGACUCUUAAGGUGGAGAACGGUUAACGCGCCCAAACCAUCUCAGUCGUCUUUCUUGGAUGUCCCGAAGCAUCCUCGUGAUGUCUCAGCGAGUGGAAGUUGUCUCAUUUGAGACGAGGUCGCUGUAUCUCAUCCGUAGGAUGAUCUUAAGGUCGCGGUGACUAAAUACCUCCAGUUUUUGCUCAUCUUCCACACGCAAAGCCUAGCAUUCACAACCGUAUGGGGAGGAUCGAUCAGACGCGGAUCUUCCUGGCGAUGGAGAUAUCACAUCGGGUCCAUAAGCACUUCUUAAGGAUUGCGAAAACCCCUCGAGCAGUAUCGACUAGGGAGACAAUGUCACCCUUCCUCUGUCCAUUCGGUAGCGACCUCGCCCCGAGGUAUUUCAAACUACCAACUUCUUCGAGUUGACAGUCAGCAACCCCUAAAGUUUCCCGCUGGCCAGGGAUGUAGCUCGAAAACAAUUUGGUCUUCCCAGCGUUUAUGGAUAAGCCAACCGAAGUAGCGACUUCAUUCAGCCGUGGCGCCAAAGCUUGAGGCUAGCCAGGCGAUAUCGCCAGCGUAAUCUAGAUCAGCUACUUGGCGUUCGGGGGAAAUCUCAACACCGUCAAGAUCGUGUAGAGCCCUCCCAAGAAUCCGGUGAACGGCUUAGUCGAACAGAGCGUGCGACAGGAUAUAUUCUUGUCGAACACGAGCUUGGAUAUCGAACGGUCGGAAAGUUUUUUAUGGACCAGAACUCGCUCAGUGGUGAAGCUACAAUAGACCUCGAUCGUGGCGAUGUUUUUUUGGCCGAAACACGAUCUAGCUUCAUCAUUUGCUAUAGGGACUCACAGAAUCGUACACAGCGGCGAAGUCAACACAGCAGACGGCCGUCGAUUGUUGGUAACCAUGGCGGAAUUCGGAAUCCGCCUCUACGAAUAUCUGGUCCGCACAUCCACUCUCACAUCCAGAGUGAUAUGGAACCGCCUGAGGGGAACAAAAGCGAAGACCUUCGCAGCUACGUCGAUGUGGUUUAUGCAGUAGUCGUUCUCGCACUUGGUCUUAUCUCCCCUGUUGGAGACAGUCACAAGGGUACCCGGCCCCCGGUCAUCAGGACCGACCACGUCUCCACACACUUGUCCAAUCAGCUCAUAAACCUAAGGCGUCAGAGUGUCGAGACAAGACUUAGAUUUCAGCGGGAAUCCCGCCCUCACCGGGCGCCCUGUUGUGUAGCUUCUGUAUUGCAUUGACAAUUUCUCUUUCAGACCGGGGUCGUAAUUAAGGAAUAGCCAAUCAACACCAAGGAUUUCUGAUCACGCUUUUGUGGUCUUGCACGUUUUCUUGUUACUCACAUGUCGCGGGAUAUCUAGGACUCAGUACGGGCAGCACAUAGUGUAUUCCUUCACCCUGAAGUGGACAGUAUCGGGAAGCAGAAAUAAGCAUUGGUACGUAACAAAUAUUCGGACGGGUUCCGACAUGAAAAUGUCUGAAUUGUUGGCGGAUUUGGGUCAACCACCCCAGAGCCGUAUUUUUGGUGCUAUUCGCCAUUUUCCGGAGUCAGUUUUUUCCCACAUCUGAGUUUGUGCUUGUCGACGUAGUAGAGGGAUAAGAGACAACUGCCUCGUCCGGCGGCGUGUUCUUUGUGGAGGUCGGAAGCAACAUCAGGGGUUGUUGCCAGUUUGGUCCUCUCGUAUCCACUCUCUGCGCCCGUGCGGCUGCGCACAUAGUCCAGCUAUCGGCGCAUAAUUCUUUUAUCGCCUAACGCUAAUUCUACUGUUUUUCCCCUCUCUCCUUCGAACUACCGCCGGACACCAGGGUGCGAGUCGCGUAUAGACAUUUUUGUUGGUCGCUAAAGUUGGAAACACGUAUGCACACCAUAUUGCGCCUUCAUAUUCGUUUAUUUGUCGGUAACUCUGCCAUGCUUUUGAGGGUUAAGCAGAUCAAGUCGUGCGCACAACUGCCGUUCGAACAUCACCUCAACAGGCCAUGAGCCGGCUGAGUCGGUAACUGAACAAAAAGUACGGGGACGCCUCGUAUUUAAGCUCGAUGGAUGUUUCGCGGUCGUAGUGAGCGAAAAGACAUGAGGGACUUAGAGUCGUUUUUGUCUGACCCAAUGCUUUUUGUUCGACCUUCCAUUGACGAUUUCUUUCAAGUAGUUGGUAAAGGGACUUCAAAUUGCUAGCUGGCUGACCAGUCAAACAACUUAAGUGGGUAACCAACUCAAGGAACAAAUACAACCGACCGUCCUUGCCGGAGCCCAGCGUCGUCUUCAGGGCUUUGAGCGGAUGGUGGCCCGUUUAUCAACCUUAAAACUCUGAUUCAGCGAUGAACACGCAUUUACCUUUCCUGAGUUUGAAGCCACCUUUUCCUAAUACUUUAACACUAUACUUGGGGUCUCCAGCUUACUAUUUUCAAAUGAGCCGGUUACUGAUGUAUCAUCAAGAUAUGCACAAAGGUUAGGUACUCCAUUGACUAGGCCAUUAAUCAAACAGUGGAAUAAGCCGAAAGCAGUACUCACACCAAAAGUGAGUCUCUAGUACCUGAACAAUCCCCGGUAGAUAUUGACGGCGAUUGCAUCCUGGAAGCCUGGAUCUGGGACAAUGUUGUAAGCGUGUUACAGGUUCGAAUUUGCACAGGGUUGAUCAAAAGGGGGUGCACUCAGGUCCGCGAUGCGGGGAAAUAAGGGUUCGGCUUAGUUUUUAAGUUUACAGUUAACUUGCGGUUGUUGCAUAUGAGCACGGAGCAAUCGGAUUUAGAAGCGAGAACUAUUGCAUCAUCUCAUACUGAAUAUUGUAUUAGCAAAAUUAUGUCCGCCUUCUACAGGCGAUCCGGUUCUUCAUUAACUUCUGGUGAGAUCGCAUAGGGCACUGGACUUGCUUCGAAGAUCCGGGGCUGAAAAUCUAGCUUAGACUCAAAUUUCACAGGUUGACCGCGGUAGUGACUGAGGAAAUGACAUUAACCAGUUCUUUAUGGUUUGCCAACAGUUUCCUUACAGCAAUAAAGAAUCAUACGAAGGUUUUGGUCAGGAAGGCAACGGCAUUGGUAGUGAUGGAACCAUGUUCGUUAAGUUGCGUCGAAAAGUUGUGUAUGUAAAGCUUGCUCCUCAAACUGGCUACGCGUUAGAUGCGCUGGACCAACACGGGGACUAGGCCGGAGUCUCGUAGGCUUUAUUGGGAAUGCGCCCUCAUAACAAACGCCAACAUUCGGGGCGUGGAAGCAGGGCCAAUUACUGGCUCAUGUCGCACCCAGUGGGAUCCGAGCUGUUGCUAAAAAUCAUAGUCAAGUGUUUGUUGUGGACCAAUGUGGAAGACGAUGAAUGGAGUAUUCGACGGUCGAAAUGUUAUGUAUGCAAAGAAGACUAUUUGCAGGCCUAACCUCUAAUGGGCACAGAAGACAGCCCGACAGUCGUGCCGCGGGAGCUGCAGCGGGAUAAAUGGCAAAGGGGAAUAUCGUAGGCCGGAGGGUGGCCAAUUAGCGCUCAGGAGAUCUGAUCAUGCGCUUGUGAUCGUGGACGUUUGCUUGUCGUGCGCGUGUCGCCGGUUAUCUAGGAGUAAGUACGUAUAGUGCAUGGCUCACCUCCAUUUACUGCUAGUUCGACCGUCGCAUCCGACUACGUCCGCCGCGUGCUCCACAGCUAGCUGAAACAGGCACAGCGACUUGCGCGUGAAUUAUUUCACAGUGAGAGUGGACAUGCACGAAAUCUACCACACUCUUCCCUUCUCGCCUGGGCCCGGUGUCAAGACAGAGUCGGAAAGACCGGAGAGGGGAGGGCGCAGAAGGAUGGGACGAUCGGACCCCGCACCUUGGCAUUCAACUCCGCAGCCCUGGUCCACCUCAAAUACUUGACCAGGAUUUUUACCAACAAGUACAACAGAAAAGACGCGGAUGACUGGGCAGCCAUGCAAACGACCUCUAUAACCAGCGCGAGCGCAAGCGCAUUUACUGCCAGAGAACCAGGUACUGGAGAACUGCCAGCGCACACCAGGCUGUGAGGGCCAUGGUUUGCUGAUCAUGUCAUAGCAGACACUUACGGACUUUUAGGCCCAGAAGGGUGACACACAGCUUUGCAUCUGCCUGGGUUGGGUAAUCAGUCAGUCAGUGACUGAAAGACACCACCCGUUAAAUAACACACUACUCUCGUGCAUAAUAGUGUGAGAUGUCACUUUAAGAAGCAGCCGUCGCAGUUUGACUUUCAGCCCACCGGUCCGCCACUCCACACAAACGCACAGAACUGGGCAGACUGUGUGGAUUGCGUUGAGGCGUCAGUCGGCAACCCUCAAAGCUACGACGUUUGGCGCGCCGUGAUAGUCUCAGACUCGGACCACGCAUUCAGCAGAGGAGCCGCAUGAGGGCAGACCCGAGAAGCACACGUCUCACUUGCGUAGGAUGUGACAGUCGAGUGCUUGCAGUGGUGAUGUUGUUGUGUGGUACGGUUUUUGGUGUGAGAUGUGUGAUGUAGCCGGUGGUUGUCUACCGCAGGUUUUCGUGAAUGCGCAUGUGACCUAAUAAGCCAGUGCGGCGAGUGAAUGUACCCGGGCAGUGAGGGCAGUUGGGGCGGCUGCGGUAAGUGUAUAUUGGUUCUCCAGGCAUAGGCUUGCCAGUCUCCGUGUGCUGGAUUCGCAGGUGACCGACCAGGCCGAUGUGUGAAGUGCAUGUGCGAUCGUAAUGAGCACAGGUAUGAACCGAGUCCACAUUGCUGGAAGUGGGAGUGUUGGUGGUGAUGGUAGAAGGUGAUGGGACAUCAUACAUCGUCCUUUCGGUGGGGGGAGUGCUUGAAGUCGUGGUGGUGACGGUAAUGGCCACUGAGGUCGAUGCAGGAGUUGAGGCAGGGCGGAUGGUGGCGGCGGGGCAGCGAAAGUGUGAUCGGCAGUGAAGGGGGUGGCGGUCGGUGCGAGGUUGCGGCAAGGGUGAGAGUGGGAGAAUAGGUAGACGUUGUCGGGUUGAGGGCGCAUUGGGUCCUAAGGUGUCCAACGAGACCAACUCGUGCGGACAGCGCAGACAUGUUGGAAGCGGCGGGUGGUUGGCAUUGAGGAGACGAGGCACUUCUGGUUUGCGAGCCUCCCGCUCGGCUGAGGCGGUGGCGGUCCAAUUUGAAUCGUUACAUUUCCUAAUUAUGGUAUCAACUGCCAGGGCGCUGCUUUUAUGGUUAACUAUCAGGUGUUUCCCUAAAAUCCGUAUCAUUAUGCACGAAUAUUGCAGUCUCCGAAGUAGUCAAGUUUAGUGGCACUCAGGCGAACCGAGCUCAACUUUGUGAUGACCCCUCUCACAGUACGGAUAGGGGCUUGUAUUUCGUUUUCAAAGAGGAUACGAACUGCCUUCAAUGUAAACAUUCUAAUAGACUCCUAUGAUUUCGCAGGGUUGCCUCGCAUUCUUCAAAAUAUUUCGUAUUUGGCUGAACAGCUGACUACCCAGGCAUUUAUUUAACUGCCUUCCACAUCCGCGUCAUCUACCGUACGUCUCUUCCUCCAACGUAUAGCAUAAUGACUUUGGAAGAAUAUUUGUGCCGUGAAGCAAAUAGACUAUCGGCCUCUGGAUUUGGACAGGCCCUGCAGUAGACUCACUUAUUUAUCCCGAACGCGGUGUGCCCAUUUGUCCCCUGAUGUAGGACGCAUAGGUUCUUAUAGAGUACAUUAGGCUAUUGAAACAGGCAUCUCGGGGUGCACUUUCUGACUAAAUCUGUCGAUCCUACCUUUCUACGUAAUCCAACAUCAACAUCCUUACAAGAAGCUGACAGGAAGUCAUCAAGUUCUUUACUUAUUCUACAAGUCAUUUCACUCCUCGACACAUUGGUGUCAACCUCAAUAGGGUGAAUUCUCAGUGCUGUUUAUACCGGCAAGGCAGGGACAUAGAACUCCCCCCCUUCCCUAUUCGGGAGCCUUGCGCUAAGGUCCAGGGGGAUUUAGCUCAGGGUUAAGUUAAGAGUUAGAGUUAGCUUUAUGUCGGGGGCUAUGGUUAGGACCCAGGAAUAUUUGUCCUUCCUGGAAUUUAGUGCAAGGCCUGGGGGUUCCUGUUUCCGUGUCUUAGCAGAGUAUCUUUAAUUAACGGUAGCUGUCAGGCUCUGCAAUUAAUCAGUCCAACUGGAAAGUCAUGACUUUCAGAGGCUGCAUGCACGUGUGCCAGCACGCGGGUCGUACUUGAUCGUUUAACAGGCUGUAGGCUGGAGAUUGUCGGAGUGCGCAUUAAGAAAUCACCUUUUUCGGGGACGAGACUGCAUUUCUAACUUGGCUGAUUCUCAAUUACUUGUUCAUGCGUAUACUUCAUGCAGUAUUUAUUAAUAUCUCCCAUCUGUCCGAGCACUAGGUGUCCUAGUUUCAUGCUUUUGAAUGCACGUGUUCAUGUCAUGCACAGUUAUCGAUCCGUCACGAUGCCGCCAAGUCUGAUUCCGCUAUUUCUAACUCGACGACGGAGCGCGAAUCCGCGCUUUGUCCAAUUAGGCACAAUAUCCCUCUAUUUGUACGCCUUUUUCAUCGUCUAUAGUUGACGAAUGAGGCUUUCAACAUGGCUUUAGAGCGAGAGAACCGUCCAAGAAGUUUCGAGGGCUUAUUUCAAACUAUACUGUGCGAUGAAAGGGAACCCUGCAGGGAUAGCAGUUGUCACAUUCAAUCAGAACCAAAUUGCCCUACUUAUGUCGUGUCAUCUAAUCAGGUUCAUCCUAUCAACAAGUCUCCCUCGAUAGGUCACAAACUGGUUUCCUUUUUCAGGGACACUUUCAAGAGGACGUCUAACGGAUCCCGGACUGAGGUGGUUCCAGAGCAAGCACUUUACUCCUGGCGAUCCAUCCGUACACCAGUAGCUUCCUACCUUCACACGACCAGUAACAGCUACCAUCACGGACGUACACGCGUUUUUGUCGACGCAACUAAACCAGCGGCAGCUUCGUCGUCGUCAACCGGAGAGAGGGGAUCUUCCACUGAGAAGCCAGAUGUCCAAGACUUUGGUAGUACAAAGACAGGAGACAGGAGAUCACGAGCGCAACCGAAUCCCAUCGUGGCCAAGAGUGUGGCGGAUAGGCAAAACCUCGCUUAUAAAUACGUUCACAAGGAAAGGAGGCCGUCGCGGAAGAAGAGGGAAGUAAGUAAGCUCCAAACAGCAAAUAAUCAGAGCUCAUCAAAUUCUUCCAACCCUCCACAUGGAACAAUCGAUAGACCCUCGUUGAUUGUUUCUCCAUCGGCCUCAGUUGAGCGGACGAAAUCUGGCGUAACCCGAAGAGCUCGGUUCAGCCUACAUCCGUCUACCCCAAGGGCGCCAACCGCGCUGAUGAGGCAAAGAACCCAAAUACCUGGAGCCGAGCCGAACGCGGAAGCUCCGUCGUUCUACAGUUCGUCCAUUCAACUAAGCGUCACUCCGGUGGUCAUAGGUGCAUCGGGUGUAACCGAGGACCAAGAAACCUCCAGAGUCCAUCCACGUGUCACCUUCCAGACUACAGGGGAGACAAAGUACGUUCCACUUCCCGUCGCAUGCAGUCGUAGUCGUUUAGAGUCCAGUAGGAAGCUGGCACGUGGGGAGGUUGUUAAGACUGAUCUCCAGUGUUUGUGUUCGCCGGUUCUCAUUGACCGCCCCUCCCGCCCUGUGAUGUCAUCACCACCACCGCCACCGACUGAGCAAACGAGAUUGCUUCCGUCUCCCAGGCGUCUACAGCUUAGUCACUUGCAACAAGACGGUUGCAACAGUGAAAACCAAAUGGCCACAUCUACCGAGACAGAUGGGAGGGGGUCUGAGUCAAAGAAGGAUGAGAGAACGAGAUUUCUGACCUCGAUUGCAACUCCACAUAGUGGAGACACAUUCAGUGAGAUUACUUCACCCUUGCUGCAAAAGGACCGCCUAGACUGCCUAACACAAUUAAAAGACGUGGAAUUCCAAGAUGGCCUUAUGAAGGGGAAUCGUACUCAAAAGAGUGCAAGGCAAGGAGGCUGUGGUAGUCCCAGUAGAGUGCAUAAAAGAGUUUGUUUGGAAUAUGAGAAGUUCGGGAAUAAGGAAGGAGAAGAGGAAAGUGAUCGAGAUGAUAAAUACCAGGUAGCCGGAUCCGUAGCACGCAGGAUUUACGAUAACUUCGGUGAUGACUCCACCUUCUUCGAUUCGAGUAUCCUAUGGAGUUGGGAGCAUGAUCUGGGGGAAAGGUCGAGCGAUGAGGAUACUCUAGAUGUUCUUCGGGUCAUGAAGGAGGUAGAGAGCAGUUUCAGAAUGGAAGAAUCAGUCAACUUGACCUCAGAGGAACCCACAAGAGAGGCCUCCUGUGAAAAAUCCCGCACACAAACAAGCUAUGCUGCUGAGGGUAAUAGCGGCACGCUCAAGUUAGCCUCUUCCAAUGAAAACCCUGCCCGCUCUCCCAGUUUUCUUUCUGACUCCCGAAAGAUUGUACAGUUUGAAGAGGAGCCACUGGCAGAUCAACAAGUCGAAGUCCUUACUGUUCCAUCUUACUGGCGAAUAUACGCUGAAACUUAUCGCAGGGAACGUCACCGGCGAGGAGUGGAGAGCAACCCGUCUAUUUGUGUGAGUGUGCUGGUCCACCAACUACCCAUAGCAGUUGUGCUCAAAAGUUUCGAAGAUCCCAUGCUUAACACUAAGUCGGUGCAAACCUACACCGUCCCCACAUCCUAUUCCACCAGCGCUUGGAAGAAGAUAAAUGAACUAGGAACUCUCAGGGAAGCGCGUUUCUGUCAAUCGGAGGUGCCCGCGGGAUGUUCGCGGAGAUUGUGUCGUUACCAUCGUUACCUUGCCAGAUUGCAUGAAGCAAACUGCAGCACAGGGGGACUUUCUCGUUCCCAGAGUGUCACGAGCUGCAGGUUGACACACGGAGGAAGGUCGCAUAGGUGCUCGAAAAGACCAUGUUCUGACGAAAACCCUCAACGCUCCCUCUCAAUGCCAAACCUCCAUCCGACCUCAGAUCUUAGCAAAUUAUCGGAACAAGAAUAUAUAGACUAUGCACUCGUCUAUAAGCUCUGGAGGGAGAUAAAUAGUUCACUAAAAGAACUACAGCAGCUCGCAGUCUCACCGAGAGGUGCUGAUGCCGGUACCACCACCUCUCCGGCUGUCAGAUCCGCCUGUUCCAGUGAAAGAGGGUCAUCCACUCUAAGGGAAGAAGAACCGGAGUCAGUGGAAUUGCUAGAAACCAGUUUACAGAUCAGCUCUCCGAAGGAGUUUAGUGAGAUUUGCCUGUCGCCGAUCCCAAAGACGAGGGCUGUUGAUAAUUCUCGGCAACGUAUUGCAGAGUUGAGGGAGCUCAUCGCCAAAAGAAGCAGCCUUCGACAUCAGUUAAAGUCCCAAGCCACUGAGUCGCCGUACUGGGAAAGGAGGGAGGGACCCCGAGGCCAACAGGAUGUCUCCCGUGGGGGUGUGGGCGAGUUUCCCUUGAAACGAGGCACCAGAUCGUUGAGCCACGGCAUUGCUAAGCCCAAAGCCGGCAACAGUACCGUGAAUAACGUCGAAUGCGACUUCGAGCAUCUCCCCCAUAAACGAUGUAAUUCAUACAUAUCGGCCUUUUCAGGACGAAAUGGGGGAGACGUACGGAAAUACUCUGGUUCAGCCCUCCCACGGACGAAAUGCACUAAAUCAUACGGAUCACAUGCCUACCAUAAGCAUCGGUCUUGCGAUGGGGGUUGCCAAAGGAACUUGAUGGUUCGUCCUGGCAUUGGAAUGGAGCGUAACUCAGGUGGCCCUCUUACUUCUACUCUAUCCGUCACCAAUACCGCACAUUCCUCCGUGUUUUGGGGGGAUUCCACAGAGACCGAGUCGUCUAGUGACGACAGUAGCCGCCCCGGGUCGUCUGUUAACCUCCCAGCCAGUUCGCCGCCGAGGCAUAUGUUCUUCCACAGACUUCCCAGCCCUACCGCCUCCAUCAAAGGUUUCACGCCCAGGGGAACGGCCAGAAUCAAACUCCGGCCUAGCUCCGCGGAGGAGAAAAAGGUCAACAAGGGUACUCCUUUUCUGCCCUCUCGUCCGGCGGCAGUUGGUGAUUCUGGAAGUGUUCCUUGCUCUUUUGGGGAUAGACGAUCCAAGUCCUGGGAUAGGGAAAGCGAGUCUAUGCGCAAUAUCGAAUGGGAAGAUCUCAUCAACGAGAUUUAUGCCGUCAAGACUUCCAGUGGGUCUCGUCAUGGGAGUCACAGGGCCAUCUUCCAGCUAACACCGUCCUCACAGCGUGUCCUGAGGACUCCGCUCCCAAAGUCCCGUUCCUCACUGGCCAGUCAGUCGGGUAAAAUAAAGCCUGCACUUCGAGAUAACCUUCUGCGGCACACAUUCGCUUCCCUGCAAAAGGUGCGGGAGAGGAAAGAUGAUGUGCAGACGAACCUUCGCAAACCUUGGGUUAAAUACUGA